CGCUAAUGGCGGAGCUGCCCGGCUCGCGCUCGCUCGCUGCAGCCUCGGGCCCGGCCUCGCGCUCUCGCCGUUCCCUCGCUCAGAGCGCUCCCCCGGCCCAGCCACAGCCCAGCCCGGCCCGGCCUGGCCCCGCUCGGCUCUUAGUGCCGCACAUCGCCAACCGGAGCGCAGAAUAACAUUGUUCUCCGAUGGAUGUCUCCGAUAGUCCUGAUCGUGACCCUCAUUCACCUGAGGACCAACUCUCUGAAGAUGACCUAUUGCUUGAGGGUGGACAUGAAAACGAUGAUGAAGAGGACAUAGGCAAACGUUCAGACAAUGAUGGAGAAUGCAUUGAUUCUGAAGAUAACGACCAUUGCAGUGAUGCUGAGAAUCGUAGUAUUGGUGAACUUGACAAUGAGGGGAGCCGGGACAAUGGGGAAACCCAUGAAUCAGAGGUGGAAGAGGAGGAGGAAAAGUUGAGAGAAGAAGGAGAUUACAGCGAAGAAAGUGGAAAUGAGGAGCCAUCGAAAGACUUGGAUGCAGGAUCUGAUCAUGAUAAUGUUGCAAGUCCAAAAAGAACUUGCAAUACUGAACAAACUGAUAAAGCUGUUUCUGAGAAACAGGAUUCCCAAAUUGAUGAGGACACUGCAAAUGAUUCCAAGGAUGAAGCAUCCUCUGUCAUCAGGGACCUGGAUGAACAUGAGCUGGACUACGAUGAGGAGGUCCCAGAAGAACAGCCAGGGGCUGUGACAGAAGACAGUGAAAAACAAAGCACGGAAGAGAAAAGUAGUGACUCUCCAAAGGAAGGUGAAGUGGAGAAAAGUCAACUUGAAGAGAGAAUGUCUGAAAGAGACAGAAAAGAUUCAUUUCGUGAGAGAAAAAAGGAUGAGGAUGACGGUGAGCUUGAUGAAGGAGAAGUUGAGGAUGAUGAUCUUGAGGAAGGUGAAGUGAAAGAUCCCAAUGAGAGAAAAGUCCGACCAAAGCCUAUCUGCAGAUUCUACAUAAAAGGUAACUGCACGUGGGGAAAUAAUUGUCGAUUUAUUCAUCCAGGAAUAAAUGACAAAGGAAAUUAUUCACUGAUAGCCAAACCAGAUCCUUUUUCACCAAAUGGAGGACAUCACCUGGGACCUCAUCCACUAAUGCAGGCCAACCCUUGGGAAACACAUGUUUUGGGUGCUCCAGUGAUUGAUGAAUUGAUGCCACCCAUUCCCUUGGAACCUCCAGCAGAGAGUGCAUGGGAAAGAGGCUUACGACAUGCAAAAGAGAUGCUGAAAAAAGCCACCAUCAGGAAGGAACAAGAACCAGACUUUGAGGAGAAACGGUUCAAUGUCACCAUUGGCGAUGAUGAUUUUGACAAGGAAAAUGAUUUUUAUCGGGACUGGAAUUAUCGUGUUGCAAGAGACAUCAGAGAACCCGGCGACUUGGAGUACAGAGAGGCAAUCAGUUACGGGCCUGACCCCUAUAUAACUCCCUACUACGAACCUGAAGUUGAACGGUACUGGCGUGGAGGGCAAUACGAGAACUUCAGAGUACAAUGGACAGAAGCAGACUAUCAUUACAGAGAAAGGGAGAGGGAAAGAGAACGUGAAAGAGAACGAGAAAGAGAACGAGACAGACACAGGGAACAGCGUGAGAGGGAAAGAGAACGCGAACGUGAACGAGGAAACAGGAUACGAGAGAGAGAACGGGACCGAGAGCGUGAACGUGACAAAGAACGACAGCGGAGAAAAGACGAGUGGGAAAGAGAACGUGCAAAACGAGAAGAAAAAGAUAGAGCACAAAAAGACAGAGAACGUGAGAAGGAGAAACCAAAACAAAGAUCUCCACCUCCAGCAAGCCGGCAAGUAGAGCCACCCAAGAAAGAAGCUGCUCCAACAACUACUGUAAAACGAGCAGAUGAAUGGAAAGACCCCUGGCGCCGAUCCAAAUCUCCCAAAAAGAGACCAGUUUCGACAGCAUCACCAGGCCGUGGGCGCAAGCGACGAAGAACGUCUGGGUCCUCUGUUUCUGUCUCUGGCUCAUCAAGGUCGUCUUCUCGUUCUUCUUCCUAUUCAGGGUCUGGAUCAUCCAGGUCACGUUCAAGGUCGCAUUCAAGAUCAUCCUCUUACAGCUCCUAUUCCAGCCAUUCCUCCAGACACAGUUCUUAUUCUGGCAGCAGAUCAAGGUGGGAUUCAGAAUCCUAUUUUAUCAACAUGAAUCAGCAUAAAUACAAAUGCGUCUGCUCUGUACAGUUUUUAAUUUGCAGUUUCGAAACUCUCAUCAAAAUUCUAUCAUUUUAUGUUCCUUGUUCUCCAAACAGUGAAAAAGCAAUGAAGAAACUUCCAUCUCCACAGCCAACAGGACACACCACAGGGGCAAAGGUUCCAAAGACCACCACAGAGGGCACAAAACCUGCUGAGAACCGAGAUGGAAGAAAGAAAGAACGCCAGCCCCGGACACCACCUCGGAGGCGGACAGCAAGUGGCAGUGGAAGCGACAGUGGCAGCAGUUACAGUGGAUCAAGUUCUCGCUCGCGAUCACAUUCUCGUUCAGCGUCUCGAUCAACAUCAGCAUCUGGUUCUCAAUCUGCAUCCGGGUCCCACAGGUCAAGGUCCCUCAGUGUGAGCAGUGUAUCAUCCGUGUCAAGUGCAUCAUCAAGCAGCAGCUCUGUAAGAAGUGCCGAUUCUGAGAAUAUGUAUGCAGAUUUAGCUAGUCCAGUCUCAUCUGCCAGCUCUCGAUCACAAGUUCCUGCACAGAAGCAGAAGGAAAAAUUGAAACCCAAAAGAGAGGAGGCACCAAGAGACAAGGAGCGAGAGGAGAGGCGGAAACGUGAGGUUCCACCACAACCACAGAAAUCUAGCUCCACACCAAAACCCACUCAGAUCAGCAAACCCCCACAGCUUGUCUACAGUGCACAUAAGGACAUUAAAUUAACUCUGCUAAACAAGCCUGCUGAUAAAGGCACCAGAAAACGGUAUGAACCUUCUGAUAAGGAAAGGCCAUCCUCUCCACCAUCCAAACGGGUCACAGUUUCUCCAGAAAGAGGGCAUCGUGAUCGGAAGGCAUUUGGAAGGCCACCGUCACCAAAAGGUGAUCGUCAGAGUAGCCGAGCUCCAGCAAUGGUUAGGUCAUCUCCUGCCCAAGCAGAGCGAAAACGGCCACCGUCCCCCCAAUCAAAGGUCUCAAGCAAAGUGACAAGUGUGUCUUCAAGUUCCAGCAAGUCACAUGACACAACAGCUUCUACCACUGCUACAUCCUCUGCAAAGUCGAGCAAAUCCAGCACAUUAUCACGCAGGGAGGAGCUACUGAAACAACUGAAAGCUGUAGAGGAUGCCAUUGCCCGCAAACGAGCAAAGAUUCCUGGCAAGGUCCAGUAGCUGUGAACCAAUCAACGUGGGACCGCAGUCUGUUGAUUAGAGACAGCUGUCAGUAUUUUCAAUGAUUAAAUCUGCGAUUUUUUCAGGAAGUAGCCAUGUUGAGGGGCUCCUUGGGUACCUCACUGCCAUCCUCUGAACCUCCUGACAACCCAGCUGGUGAUGGCUGCAAUUUAACUCCAGAUCUGUCGUCAUUUUUUUUUUUAAAAAAUGGAGAGACCGCUGCAGACUGUGAACUCUUACGUAAUUAACACAAACUGAUGCUGCAGUGGUAAUCGGUUGAAACCUACAGUCAAUGACUGGACAUGGACAUGUGAAAUCUGACCCUCAAGAAAGCCACACCUUUUACACAGCUUUAGAAAUUCUUAGUGUGUGUGUGUGUGUGUGUGUGUGUGUGUGUGUGUGUGUGUUGUCUGAAGGAACUCCCAAAUAUACAUAAUGUGUUACCAGAGAGCAGGUGAAUGUGCUGUCAAACGCUGCUUUCUUGUUCUCCCUUCAUUUUUUGGGUAAACUUGUUCUUCUGGCUUCCCAAAUAAAUAUUCUUUCUUUUAGUUUACACUUUUCAGAUUUUUAAUCUUGUGUGCACACCUUAUGGUUGUGUUGGAUGUGUAGGUUGAAGACCGAAAACUCUGAAAAGAUCAUUCUGUUAACACAUAGCUGAGUUAUUGCAGUAAAACUGGUUUUUAUAUAUAUGCUGAUAACAUCUGCAGAAGCUGCAAGUUCAGUAAUUGCAUUGAAUGGGCAGAUAAAUGUUCAGGAUUGACUUUUUUUUACAUGACUUUAAUAAAGGAUUUACUAGUU